AUGGUAUAUCCAGCAAGUGAAAAAGAUCGAUACAUGAAAUGGCGUGAUGUUUGGAGAGCUGAUUAUUAUCAACGAGCUUUGCGUGUUGAUGAUUUUGUCUAUAUUGCACCUUAUAGAAAAGGUUCCUUGGAAAACUCUACUGCCCCUCCAAUAACUGUAGUUAAAUCAAUUAAAAUUAAAGAUAAAACUAAAACUGCUGUGAUUGGUGUUACCAUGAACCAUAGCCGAAUUAUGGAAGAAAUGUUGGCAGCAACAGAUUCAGGAAAUGUUUACCAUUGCCGUGAUAGUGAAAAUUUAGUAUGCUUUCUGUUAGAUGAUGGAGCCUUUGUCAUAUCAACUAAUCAAGAUGAUAAAUUGGGUGGAGUUGGACAGUUUCUGGGGAAUGUUGAUCGAGGCUUAAUGUUUGGUCUACUAAACAACUCAGUCUACAUGAAGCAUGAAAUUUCAGAUUAUCAAGCAGUUUGCCAAAGAGAAGCCAAAAAAUCAACAGGAGGCUUAAGAAAUAUAAGAGUGCCUUCAGUGAAUUUGAUUUAUGAUAUAUUAAGUUUGAAGUGGUGGGUUAAUAAAGUCGCAUGGUCAUACUUCAGUUUUAACAUUUACAAUUGGUUAUUUGCCAAACCAACAGAUUUUGCAUCUGCUGAAGAAGAAGAAGGAGAGAUAGAAAACUGCAUAAUGAAUAAAACCCAGUACUACUGGCCCAGAAGCUUCAAUUUUGUUCAAGGAAAUGUUCCUUGCGAGAACUGUACCCGGGAAUUUUUGGUUGUACGCUUGAUAUAUAGUAACUUAAUCCUGGUUGUCGCUGAACCUGAAUGUUCUGUCUGUUCAUAUCCUAAAAUCAUUCAAGAGCCUGUAGAAGUGGAGCCCAAUUUUUGUAAUGCUCAGCCUCGGUACAGAAAAUCUCCAGGUGAAUGCUAUAAAUAUGAUUCAAGGGAAGAUGGUAGAAAAUGCAGCAGUACAUCUCAUCUGCCUUCCUACAUAGUUCUUUUAGGAUCACAUCUUUUGCUUGCUUUGUGUAUUCUUCAUCUGACUCAGAGCUGA